AUGCAGAUGUCGCUGUCGCGACUCGCGUCGUCAUCGAUUUUUUCGAAUCUGACCGCUCCGCUGUCGUUCACUUCCGCGGCGCCCGCGCGCGCGUCCGGGCCCUCGCCGGACGAACGCGCGUCGCGAUGGCGUCCGGCGGAUCUCGGGGGUGCCAACAAAAACGAACCCAUCGACGUCGUCGUCGACGACGAGCCGACCGCGCGCGAGGAUUGGGACGGCGAGGGCGAGGGCGAGGCGACGCCGGAGGAAAACCUCGACGAGGAGGAGGACGACGACGAGGUCGCGGUGAUAUCGUCCGUAGCGGAGCUGUACCGAGACGAAUCGGACGCCGCGGGCGGCGGGGACGGCGACGACCGCGGACGUCCAAACGACGACGACGACGACGACGAGCGAUGCCCCGUGUGCGACCGCGCGCUUCGCUCGCUCGCGGACACGCCCCUCGCGCGCGUCGCGCACGUCAACGCGUGCCUGGACGACGAGACCGGGGGAUGGGAGGGCGACGAAGAUGAUGAAGAAGAAGUCGCGCGCGACGACGCGCUCGGCGCGACGUGGGACGAGGGCGGCGAAGGCGAAUGGCACGACGUCGCCGCGUGGUGUCACGCCGUCGACCAGCCGUCGUUCGCGCCCGUCGCCGUGGAGCGCAAGCUCACGUUCGACGCGCUGGAGAGACUGACGGACGAGGACUUGCGGGCGAUGGGGGUGGGCACGCUCGGCGCGAGGAAGCGGUUGCGCGCGGCGAUAGAGGCUCGAGAAGUCUCCCCGCCGCCGCCGCCGCCGACGACGACGACGACGACUGGAGCCGGCGGGUGGCACCCCACGCGCGAGGCCGUCGCCGUCGCCCCCGUGUUCGCGUUCGCGCGAGGCGAGGCGGUGGCGCCUUCCGCGGCUCCGUCGUCGUCGUCCGGAUCCGGACGCCACGUCGACGCGCCGCCGUCGAAGCGAAGGAAAGACCGUCCCCGUCCGUCGUCGUCGCGGUACGUUCCCGCGGCGGCCCAGGACCUCCCCCCUCCGCCGCCGUGGAUCCGCGUCCCCGGCACGACGUUCAUCGUCGACGGCUUCCGCGGCUACGGCAAGUCCCACUCCGGGUGGUGUAAGAACUGGUUCUUGACGCACUUCCACGCGGACCACUACGCCGGGCUCACGAGGUCGACGCCGUCGGAGGGAUGCGUCGUCUGGUGCUCGCGCCCGACGGCGCGACUCUGCCAACUCCGCUUGGGGAUCUCGAAAUCCCGACUCCGCGCGGUGGACGUCGGAAGGGACUUCAUCGUGGAGGGCGUGAAGUGCAGGUUCGUGCACGCGAACCACUGCCCGGGGGCGGUGAUGAUCGUGUUCGACGACAUCCCGGGCGGCGGGGGCCCGGUGCUCGCGACGGGCGAUUGCCGGUUCCACGCGUCGAUGACGCUUGACCCUGGUCUUUUACGGAUCCAGGAAAGGAGACCCGCGGUGAUGCUGGACACGACGUACUGCGACCCGAAACACGCGUUUCCUCCGCAGGAGGAGGUUCUGAAAGCCGUCGCCGUCGCCGUGAAAGCGGAGAACUUUAACCCCAAGUGCUUGUUCCUCUUCGGUACGUACACGAUUGGCAAAGAACGCGUCUUUUUCGAAGCCGCCAAGGCGCUCGGGAAGAAAGUCUACGUCGGCAAACAGAAGCGUCAAGUCUUAGACGCGCUCGGGGACGCGAUCGAUAAGACGUACAUGGACUCCGUCACGACGGACGACACGGAGACGAACUUGCACGUCGUCCCGAUGGGCAGCACGUCGUUCGCGCGGAUGAAGACGAUUUUGCGGUAUUACAAAAACCGAUACGACACCGUGAUCGCGUUUAAACCGACCGGGUGGACGUUCGAGAAGGCGGCGAAGACCGCGAGGGCGACGAAGCGCACGCAGCGCGGGUCGUUGAUUCAGUACGCGCUGCCGUACAGCGAGCACUCGAGCUUCACGGAGUUGCGGGCGUUUAUGCGUUGGUUGAAACCGCGCGCGAUAUUGCCGCACGUAGGAAACGACCGCGGGCCGAAAGCCGCGCGGAUGGUUCGGUUGUUGACCGCGCCGGAACCGUCAGAGGAGGGCGGGGAAGCGCGCGCGGACGACGAUCGUUAG